UACGAAAGAGGCGUUAUGUUGAGUCAUUAAUGAAUAUGGCGGAAAAAGUCAUGGCGUCCAUUUUUUUAUGAGACGCUCUGUAGAGUAGUGUGUUUAUCCUUCUCUAACUUAUUGAAACCCCUUAAGCGACUUUGGGCACGCGUAGUGAUCAAUAUGUCCACGUGAUCUGUCGUCAGUUGCUACUCGCGUAAUUGCAAAUGCAAAAUGUCUGAGAAAGAAACGUUUGUGUUACAAUGAAAUGUUAAUUUUUGUUGUUAUUUGUAGUGUUAUAGUUUUAAAGUAAAAUGCCUGCAUCGAUUGGUGUUAAUUUACGUGUGACUGGCCACUGCAGCCAAGGCGGGAGAAAGUAUAUGGAAGACUUGUUUUCCGUUGCUUAUCAACAAACUGAAGAUGAAAGAGAUUUGGAGUAUGCUUUCUUUGGUAUAUAUGAUGGGCAUGGUGGUAGCGAGGCGGCAGCAUUCGCUAAAGAACAUUUGAUGGAUUCUAUUGUAAAGCAACGUCAAUUUUGGUCUGAUAAUGAUGAGGAUGUCCUGAAAGCCAUCAGAAAUGGUUACAUGUUGACCCAUUUGAACAUGUGGAAAGAAUUAGAAAAAUGGCCAAAAACAGUAACUGGUUUGCCAAGCACAGCUGGGACUACAGCCAGUGUGGCAUUUAUUAGACGUGGGAAAAUUUACAUUGGACAUGUCGGUGAUUCUGCUAUUGUACUUGGUUACCAAAAAGAUGGCUCUGAAGAAUGGGCUGCCAAACCUCUAACGUCAGACCAUAAACCAGAAUCCACUGCAGAAAUAGAGAGAAUUCAAAGAUGUGGUGGGAAAGUUAUAUCAAAAGCUGGUGUUCCACGCGUUGUAUGGAACAGACCUCGAGUAGGUCACAAGGGACCCAUAAAAAAGAAUACUCCCAUGGAUGAAAUCCCUUUCUUAGCUGUAGCACGAUCUCUAGGUGAUCUGUGGAGUUAUAAUCCACAAAAUGAUGAGUUCAUAGUUAGUCCUGAUCCUGAUGUUGGUGUAUUGACAAUUGACCCAACUAAGUUUCGGUGUUUAAUAUUCGGCACCGAUGGACUGUGGAAUAUGAUAUCUCCUGAAGGUGCAGUGAACCUAGUCCAAGCAACAGAAAGACACAAUGAGGCGGCACUAGUUAGUGGCAACGGUAGCCAGCCCAGAGAUUGGCUUAACCCAUCAAAAAGUUUGGUGGACCAUGCUUUAGAAAGAUGGUCCAAUACUAGAAUGAGGGCGGACAACACGUCGGUGGUGACACUGAUGCUGGACCCGCCCGGGCCCCCGCGCGCUACGGUGCUGCGCUCGCGGACUACGGCGCACAAGCCGGCCGUCGCCCCGCCCCUCGCCGCCUGCGCCGCGCCCCCCGCGCCCCCCGCACACCCUGCGCACCCCACGCACACCGCGCCCGCCCCCGCGGGGCCCGCGCGGCCCGCCGCGCCCGACGCGGAGCGGCCCGUGCCGCAGAACGGACUCACCAUCAUGACGCGCUACUCGGACGCGGAGCGGCCCGCCGCCUCGCCGCCGCCGCUGCCGCCCUGCGCCUCCAUCGACGCGCGCCUCUCCGUCGCGCCGCACGAGCCCGCGCCGCGCGACUCCAGCGACGCGGACGACGCCGACCCCAUCACCACCUACGGCAACCCCGCCGAGUCCUACUUCAUGGCGCGCCUUCUCAACCGGACUCGCGUCAUCAACACCCUCGCCGACGUCUACGAGGAGAUCGCCAGCGGCCACGCGGACGACGUCCACGAGCCGUCGCCGCCGCCCCCCGUCACCGUUCUGUCGGAGGGCGACGUCGACUCGGAUCCGCUCGGUCAGUCGGCCGACGAGAAAUCGACCGGAGCGGCCGGCGACGCGCCGCCGACCGACGAGGAGCCGUCCCCGGCCGUCGACGACGGCGGCAUCCAAAUAAACGAGGUCUCGUCGAGUUCACCCGUCGAGGCCCCGCCGAGACCCCGCGGCCGACGACCUCGCACCGACGUCCGCCGUGACGCGCCCGUCGUGCCCGACCGCGUGCUGCGCUCCCACCACGAGGACGGCCAGCAGCGCCCGCAGACUCGGCAGGCGGCGACGCGCGGUCGCCCCGCCGGCCCGCCGUCGCUCGACCGAGUCGUCAUCCUCAAUCGGCGCGCGCCGCCCGCGCCGCCCGUGCAGAGGUCCACCUCCACGGAGACCGUGCCGCCGCCGCGGAGACUAGCGCCCGCGCCCUCGUCCGCCGAGCCGGCGCCGCUCGCGGCCGACGACGACGACGGCAGGCGCGGCGGGCGCGCGACGCGCUCACACGCGCCCUCGACGCCGCUCGCGCAGAAGAUCACUCGCAGCAUCGGCGGCGUGGCGCGAGAGUUACGCGCGGCGGCGGCGGGAAACUCGGCGCGCGCCCCGGGGCCGGCGCGGCGGGCCCCGGCGGCGCGGCUGCGCGCCGACCGCUCGAAGGAGAACCUCGGCGCCGCGACGCGCCGCGCGCGCGCCCGCGCCGCCCCCGCGCCGCCGCGCCGGCCGCGCCGCGCCGAUAGCGCGCGCGAGCCGCUCGUGCACUCGACGUCGGGCGAGGAGCGGCCGCGCGCGCUGCGCUCCCGCAACGAGCCGGCCGCGCCGGCCGCGCCGCCCGCCAAGCGCGCGCGCUGCGACGACCGCCCGCCGCUGGGCAAGCGCGCCGCCGGCCCGUGGGCGCCCGCGCCGCCGCUGCGCCACCGGCUGCGGCGCCGGCUCGCCAAGUAGCGCGCGCCCGACUAGUGCUAAUUGUGGUUACCUGCGAGCGUGGGGGAAAACGGUGCCUUCAGUACUGCCGAAGUACUCUUUGACGUUUCGUAUUUUAUCGGUUCGGUCGCCGAGUCGUGCGGGAGAUCCAAAGAUGACCGCGUCGUAUACGGUUAAUGUUCUGUUGUUGUUUUUUGUUUUCGUCGCUCGCUCCGACUCCGACUUAGCGUAAGUAGUCCCCGUUUAGUUCUUUAAACUGUUUAGGUAGGUACCUCGCUCCACUGUCGACUGUAGUUUUUGUACUCGUCCCAUGUUCCGGCGCGGCUGUUUGCCACGCCCCGGCGACCGCCGGGUCGCAAUCGAAUAUAAACAAUAGUACAAAAGAGUAUAUUGAAUAUUUUAACAUGUAAGUUUAACAUGUGGACCAGGCGAAUUGAAUAGGCCCCAUAGAUAUUUAUUUUAUCUAUAUUUAUAUAUAUAUAUAUCAUGUUGCAUUUAACUUUAGACAGAUGUGGAAAACCAAUUUUCCUUCUUAUGAUGUCGAAACAGAGGCUACGUGCGACUUUCAGAUAAAUAUUGUUCUCAUAGAUAUAUUUCAUCGUUUACGAGACCUGUGAAACUGCGAUCUUGUGGACGACAUACUUUAUUAUUAGUAGAAUAUAAAAAUUGUGGGUACUAUUACCGAGAGUGCUUUUCUCAAACCUGUUAAAUAAGAGUGCUAAUUAUAUUUUUUUUAAUAUAUAGAUGUGUACAGAAACAAUUUUGUAUGAUCGUCACCAAAAUUUUCUUUUGACUUAUUAUGCAAAAUGUAUUUUUUCUAUACAAAUGUAGCUAUUAAAUAUCAGAGAAGUUAUUCUUUUAGGAAAAGAAUUGUUUAUGUACUUCCUUAACGAGCUUUAUUCGUUUUCUAUUUCAUGUUGUAAAACUCGAAAAUGAACCAUAUAUAUCUAUCUACAUUUAAUGGUGUUCCUUGAUCAUUAGUGUUGCUUGAGUAAAACAUAUCUAUAAAUUUGGGUAUGUUAUAUACACAUUUCCAAAUUAAGAUACUGUAGUGUUUAAUUUUCAUCAUGUGUCUAAUAAUAAAACAAUGUAACAGAAAGUGCUCAUUUUAUAUCAUUAAAGCAUAAUAUUCAUGACUAUAGCUGUACAAUAUCGUGAGAAUGUAUAAUAUACAUUUUCUUAAAAUGGCGUGGUUACCAGCCGAGUUUACGUUUGAGUUUUGUGGUAUUGUUAUUCAAGUGUUCGUCAAUAUAUUAUUAUGUAUGUGUCCAUAUAAGCUAGUAGACAAAACUUUAAACUCGUUGCUCUGGCAUUGAUUUUCCUUGAUUUACUUAUAAAAGUAGUUACAUUUUCCAGGAAAAUUUUUGUAGCGUUUCGUCAGUCUAUGCGGCGAUUUAAUUUACAAACAAAUAUAGCUGUAUGGGCACAAUUCUCUACCUUUCUCUAUCGUAAACGUUAUACAGAAAAAAAAAUGUUUUAUCUUUAACAAAUUUAAACAGAACUCAGGUUGUUUAGAAAAAUAGAUAAUAAUGUUCUUAAAUUGUUAAGUGUGUGAUUUAAAAGUAAAAAGAACUGUUACAAAUGUUAAUAUAUAUAUUAGUGAAUUUUAAUAAAGUAAAUUCUAUUUUAUAAUACAAUGUUAUUACAAUUUAUGUUGUAAAAUUGUUACAAGAGGAUUUUAACACUAAUUUGGUAAUCGUAAUGGCAAAUUCUCAAACGUGAAGUCGUCUGUUAACUUGAAUAUUAAUGUAAAAUAAGUCGAAACUUCUAGUACAAAAUUAAUGUGAAAUAACAUGAUUGACAUAAGCUACUGAAGUAAGUUUUGAUAGACACAUACAUAUAUACUUUAUAAUAAUGUAACUUAAGAAGUCUGUUAAAUAAAGGUACAAACAAUAUAUAAAACUUGUUACGAUAUAGAAAAUUCUAAAAUAAAUUUUAUCUUAGUUGGUUUAUGUCAAUCUCUUACGAUUUGAACGCAUGUUAAUAAAAUAUACCUUAUUUAAAGGCACUUAAGUUUGUAACUUAACUGUAUUUUAGAACACCAAUUAUCAAUACCAAUUCUGAUUAGUUUUAAUACAUUGUUAACUAGUGUAUGCGUCUGUACUGUCUUUUACCCAACCACCUUAGUAUCAAACUACAAGCAAUUUAAGUAACUUUACGUUUUAUACUAAAAGUAUUGUGAUCAUGAAACCAUUGAAUAAUAACCAAAUGCGAUGCAAUUUGUUGUUGAUAUGAAUUUAUUAUUGUAAAAUUUAAAAUAUUAAACUGAAUAUUAAAAUUAUUGACUAAAAGUACAUAAGGACUGAAGCAUAUAGUAAUGUUAGUGGCAGUCCAUAUUGUGUACUAAUGCGCCCGUGUUGGGCAAAUAAAUAUUAUAAAUAAUGUGCCUCACUUGUUACCGAUUUGACGACAAAUGAAUUAGGUGAAGUGUUCUUUGAUAAAUGAGAUAUGUAUUUUUUAUUAAAUAUAAAAUUUAUUGCAUUGUAAUUAAGCUGUAAAAGAGUUAAUAUAAUCUGUUAAGUAAUUAUUGUAAAAGUAUUUUUAGUAAAUUUCUGUCAUUUACGUCUAAUAAUGAAAGAUGUUGGCAUCCAGAACUUUCUGAAUCUGAUGUAAUGUUGAAAUUUACUUAUUUUUUUUAUAUUAAUGUUAUGUGUUAUUAAAUUAUUAACAGACGAUAUUAAUAUGGUUUUGAAUAGAAUUUGAUGUUAUUUUUAUUAUAUACAGAAAAACUGAAGUGCAAACAAUGGGGAUUGAUUUUAAAAAAAUAGAAGUAAAAUGAUUUACAUUUGAUUUGUUCCAAAUUAGCUAUGUUUCUAGACGCAUUCCUACUCUAUGUUGUGUCAAUAAUUAGAAUAUCCAUUUGCAAGUAUAAUAUAGAAACACAUAGUACAAUGUUGCCUUUUAAAUAUUCAUAUAUACACCAUAGUUAUUCUGGUAAGUAGUAAAAUUCUAAUUUUAUAUUAUGAGCAGUUACUUCGUUUCUUACUUAUGCAAUCUCGCUUGAUACUUCAAUCUUACCCUUGUAAGCAGGUCAUCCUUAUUAACUGUUUAAAUCAUAUCUAAAUUGUCCGAUAAUUUUUAAUCUUUGUAAGAACUUGUUUGCGUGUGUAUAUAUUUUAAAGCUAUUUAUCCUAAAUCAAAUCAAAUCUAAAAUUAUUUAUUAAUGUAGGAUAUUUUAGCCGCUUAUGAACGUCAAGUUUUUUUUAAUGAAUAUGUUUUCCCUACCGUCCAGCUCAGUAUACAGAUUCAAUUGAGAAGAACUGGCAAGAAACUCAACUGAAUUUCUUUUUUUUUUAUUAUAUAUUUAAAGUAGAUAGUCAGUUGAGUAUAUUGCUAGUAUAAUUUUAUAAUAUUCACAAUCAAUACGUAUAAAUACACAUAAUCGAUUAUUUCAGAAAGUAUAUCUUGAUACUAAAAUGAAAGAAAUUUAUUUACAGCUGUUAUAAUAAAGAUAGUAUAAAAUAGAUUUUUCUUAUAUGGUAUUUUUGACAACAAUGACAAUAUUAGCUUAGUAAAUCAUUAAUAUAUACAUGCUAGUUUGGAACAAACCCUAAAGUCUAGUUGGUAUUAACAAAUGUAGAGGAAAUUUGUCAUUGAUUGUUAUAACGGUUGUAUAAUAUAUAUGUCAAGCAAAAUAAUAAGCACCAUGAAUUUAAAAAAUAUAAUUGAGGAUCUUAUUUUAAUGUCAAAACUUUUGAACAUAUUUUCCAAUACUUUUUUAAGUCAAUAAUCGUGCGUUACAUGUUCGCUGAUAUUCGAACGAAUUCUGAAGUAGAUCAAAUGCAAUAUUAUCAGAAUUCAGUAUGAAUAUUAUAAAAUGCAUAAUUUUUAUAAUCGUGAGACUUGUAUUUUUCAGAAUCGUAAAGUUCUGUGUGCCAAUAUAUCUAAGAAAGCCUAAAUGAAGUGUUUGUUAUGGUAAAAUUGUUACUAUUCGUUUUGUAAUACGAGUCAACCACAACCGACAGAUAUUUUCAUAGGAAACAGUAUUUUAUCAAUAUUUUAUGUUUGAACCCAGUUUCUUUGUUUUAUUUUGUGAUGUAAGUGACGGAUCAACAUUGGGUACGAUGUGACCUAAGGGUUGUUAUUGCCUUGAAAGGAGGAACGGUGAAACCUGCUAACGUAAAGAUUGAGAAGCUACAACAAAUUUAUUACUAUACAUAAUAAUUUUAAAGUAAAGGAUUAUUGUAGAUUUUAUUUUUUGAUUUAAAUAAAGUUUGU